UGUGGUCAUCUGAAGACGGACACUGACUGCGCCACUGCUAACAACUCAACCUUAUCAAGCCGUUCUCAAACCAGCACGAAAGAGAAGACAGAGAGUGAAGUGUCUCAGAGGUUUUAAAAACGUGUUCGUUGCCGCGAUUCAUUCUCUGCGUUAUUGGAUGAUAAUGUGUGCUGACCCUCCUUAAAAACCUUGUUAUUCAGUUUAUUUGGAAUAGAGCUCCAGAGAUCGUCUUAGCACAAUGGCACUUCUGGACACUGAUUUUGGGAUGAAGGGCAGCAGCAUCAUGAAGGAGUGGAGUGGACAGGUCCAGCCAGCUCUGGUGGCUUCCUUUGUUUUCCUCUUCUGUCUGGAAGCCUGUCUGUGGGUAAGGAAUCUCAGACUCAAGAGGAGGCUACCAGGACCAUUUGCCUGGCCGGUGGUAGGCAACGCCAUGCAGCUGGGACAGAUGCCUCACAUCACCUUCUCCAAGCUGGCUAAGAAGUAUGGCAACGUGUAUCAGAUAAGACUGGGCUGCAAUGACAUCGUUGUGCUCAAUGGAGAAACAGCAAUACGAGAAGCCUUGGUUCAACACAGCACUGCGUUUGCAGGCAGACCGGACUUUGUGUCCUUUCAGUCAGUGUCUGGUGGUAACAGCAUGACAUUCACUAACUACAGCAAACACUGGAAAACCCACCGGAAGGUUGCUCAGACCACCAUUAGAGCCUUCUCUUCCGCCAACAGUCAGACCAAAAAGGCAUUUGAACAGCAUGUUGUGGAGGAGGCUACUGAGCUACUUGAAGCUAUUUUCAAACUCAGCGAUGAGAGACAGUUUUUCAACCCAUCUCAUGAACUGACAGUAGCUGCAGCCAAUGUCAUCUGCGCCCUGUGCUUUGGAAAACGCUACGGUCAUGAUGAUAGCGAGUUUAGAACUCUCUUAGGCAGAGUGGACAAGUUUGGAGAGACGGUGGGGGCGGGCAGCCUGGUUGAUGUCAUGCCGUGGCUUUUAAAUUUCCCAAAUCCCGUCCGCAGUGUUUACCGGAGCUUCAAAGAACUCAAUAAAGAGUUUUUCAACUUUGUGAGAGACAAGGUGGUGGAGCACAGGAGGACAUUUGACCCUGAAGUGACCCGAGACAUGAGUGAUGCCAUAAUUGGCGUCAUUGACAAGGCAGAUAGUGAUACCGGGUUGACGGAGGCUCACGCAGAAGGGACAGUAUCCGAUCUGAUUGGUGCAGGACUGGAUACUGUGUCCACUUGCCUUCAUUGGUUGCUCCUUUUGUUGGCAAAAUAUCCCAAAAUACAAAUCAGACUGCAGGAGCAGAUUGACAAAGUUGUAGGCCGCGACAGGCUGCCCAAUAUGGAGGACAAAGCCAGCCUGGCUUACCUAGAUGCUGUCAUCUAUGAGACCAUGCGCUACACCAGCUUUGUACCUCUCACCAUCCCACACUCCACCACCUCAGAUGUUACCAUCGAAGGCCUCCACAUCCCCAAAGACACGGUGGUCUUUAUCAACCAGUGGUCUGUCAACCACGACCCUUUGAAGUGGAGAGACCCGCAUAUCUUUGACCCGUCACGGUUCCUAGAUGAAAACGGCGUCCUUGACAAGGAUCUGACUAACAGUGUAAUGAUCUUCUCUGCGGGGAAGAGGCGUUGUAUUGGCGAUCAGAUUGCCAAAGUUGAGGUCUUUUUAUUUUCUGCUAUUUUGAUUCACCAAUGCACAUUUGAGAAUAAUCCAAAUCAGGACCUUUCCUUAGACUGCUCCUAUGGUUUAACUCUGAAACCCGCAAACUACAAGAUCUCUGCCAAGCGCAGAGGAAAACUUAUUGGGGCAUAGGUUUUCUAAUUUGUGUUUUUUAAUACGUGCACCCACUAAUGGACUAUAUUAGUGUACACUUUACUGUAAACAGUAUGUACACAACAGUUAUUAUGUAUGCUUUGGUAUGUAGCAACCGUUAUAUCAUUAGCUCAUCUGAGUGUUGUUAUACAUAAAAAACUUUUUUGAAAAAAUGUUUUGUGAAAUACACAUUUGUAUUUCAAUUGUUUUACUCUACAAUGAAUAGGACAUUUAGAAACAAAAAAAAGUAUUACUCAUGAUCUAGGAAAAUAGAUAUUGUGCCAAUUCAUGUUACAAAAUAAAUCUUCCUACAUUUUCAUAUUAGAAUUUAAUAGACAAUUUCACUCCAUUCAAAUAUUAUAGAACAGUAGAAUGCUACACCAAAUCAAUUGAUAAGAAAACAACCAAGAUAUACAGUAUGUCUAUAGAUUACUGUAUAGUUGUUAUGUCAGAAUAAAACGAAAAUGUCAGAAGACCCUUGUUUUUAUACAGUUUGCCGUAUCUAUCUAUUUAUAAAUAUACAUGUACACACUUACAUAAUUCUAUUGUAGUAGGAUGACAUGUUUUAACUGGAUCUUUAUGCUUUGUACUGUAUGAAAUCCACAGUGCCUGGGCUCCAUGCAAUAAAUCCUAUACUCCUUA